AUGAAGCGACCAAGUUACGUACUCUGUGCGCUUAGUCUGGCAUGUCCUUUGACCGCGGCUAUCGGUCAGACCUGCACUGUUACCAGUCAUGGCCUGAGCAACGAUGUCGACUGUCAAGAGACGGCGGACUUCUCCUCUCCGGUCGUCCAGGUCUUUCACCCAGGCGACAGAGUCGAGGUCGUGUGCAAGAAGUCGGUAGACAUGGGCACUUGGACUGCUCUCUUUUACCGCACCGUGGACGGCUGCUACUUCUCGUAUGGUAAUGCUGCCGAUUGCGAUCCGGACCACAUCCGGGCCUGUCGGCGAUAG